AUGGCGUACGGCGCGCGGCCUGGGAUGGAUUUGAUGCUGCUAUUGCUGCGUGGAAUCAGCGGAGAUGCAGCUGGGGAGAGCAGCGAUGGAUGGGCGCGGGCCUGGUGGUCGAGUGGAGGCAGGGCGUUGACCAGGCAGAGCGGAAGCUGGAGGUUGGCUCGCUAUGGCGCGCGCGAUGCGAGCGUGGGGAGUCCCGAUGGCGGGUGGGUGCACGGCGCGCGUGGAGGCGAGCUGCUUGCAGGGAGGAGCGGCGCUGCUUGGGGAUGGAGUGGGGCGCGGGGCCUGGUGGCCGGCCUGGAGGCGAAACGCGCGGGCGGGUGGACUGGCGGCUCGAGUGGCCGGCCUUGGCGGUUGCAGCGCGAGCGGAAGUGGAGGCGCGGGAGGGCGUGCCUGCAGGUGAGCUGGGCGGCGGCUUGGCUGGGGGAUUUCAGGCGUGCUGCGGCGGUGAGUAGGAGUUGGCCGUGGCCUGGGCGCUGA